GCUGGGGCCUGGCGAAACUUGAGGAGCAACGUCCGCUGCUGGAGGCACACAGGUGAGCUCGAUCCCUUCAGGGUAUCCCGAUCCGCCUCGGCGUUCCGCGCGGGUACGGAGGGUGGAGGAGGCAGCAGGUCUCUAAGAACGGGUUUAAUAAGCGCGGUAGUUGAUAGUAUUUUAAGCCAAAAGAGAAAUAAAGAAGUUUUAAAAGUUUCCAGGUGUGAGCCGCCGGAGGGAGCUGUGUGAGCGCUCAGCGCCGGGCCACAGUGUUAAAUGCGGGGGUUUGUCGCAUUGUAUAAUUUUUUCUUUUAAUCAAUUCCUGUCUAUAAGAGGGUUAAAAAUUCUAUUAUUAUAGACAGUAUAGUAAUCGAUAUAUAAUGCUCUUUUUGAUGCCUCCAGACUUCACUAAUAACUCUGCUAACGCUUUUUUUUUUCUUUGCUUAAUUAUGUUUUUAAAAAAACACACCUCUUUAAACAUCAAUCAUCUGAUGUAGUCUCCCUGAGAGAGUCUUCUAAAACUGCCUCACAUAAGCCAGAUAUUUCUUGGUUUUUGCAGUAAAUUCCAGCUCCUUUUUUACUGCACACUUCAAUGUAAUAAGGAUGCUCCUGGUCUCGUGAGGAAUCGCUGCACUGAUAUCACACUGCAUUUAUGUCCAAAGUUCUGCGAAAAUUAUUGCCUUGUCUAGUGCCCCAUUAUGCUUCCUUUCUUGCCUUCAAUUUAGAUAAAAAAGAUAAAAAAUAAUUACUCCAUUUACUGUUUCAUUUAUGUUCCUUUUGCUUCUGUGACAGAUCAGUGUCUUUCUAAAAAUUCUGCUUUUGUAGGCAAUGUUUCCAACUCGGGUCUUUGUUAAAUUCCUACCUUCAUUUUUGUUCCCCCUCAGUGUACUUAUAAAGGAUAUGGCGUCCUCAAGAUUAGAAGAUUUAUGCCUCCACAUCGAUAAGAAAAUUUCGGAUAUUAAAAAGUAUCUCUUAUUUAGAUACAUAGGCAAGAAUGAUUCUUGGAAGCCUGUGGUCUGUAAAAUGCAUAAUGAGGUUGUCCAGGUACAUCAUCUCCUGCAUGAAAUGGAAAAAGAGGUUAAAGACCAGGAAAAACUGAAUGAUUCCCUCAAAGAGAUGCAGAAGAAUGCUGAGAGAAAUCAGAAGACAGCAGAGCACCUCCUUGAACACGUUCCACGCCGUCUGCCCAUGCCCCAGAGCAGUAACACCAUGCCAACAGUGAAACCGAAAGGAGAAACAGAGGCUGCAGAGCUCAGCAUGAAGAUGAAAGAGAAGAAAGCUGCUAAAGAGAAAAAACCCAUUAAACAGGCAGCAUUAAUAACCAAGGAGGAGUCUGAAAGUGUUCCUGCUAACACCAUGCCAACAGUGAAACCGAAAGGAGAAACAGAGGCUGCAGAGCUCAGCAUGAAGAUGAAAGAGAAGAAAGCUGCUAAAGAGAAAAAACCCAUUAAACAGGCAGCAUUAAUAACCAAAGAAGAGUUUGAAAGUGUUCCUGCGUAUUUGAAAGGCCGUAUAAAGCAUGAUGAGGUUAAUGCAGUUGUUCAAGAGAUUAACAAGGCCGUGCUGGGCAAGUACAAGAUCUUGUAUCAGCCUUUGAAGUCUAUGAGUGCACCAGUCAGAAGCCUCUACCACAGGUUCCUGGAAGGAGAAACUAAGGAUACAAAAGAAUUGUUUUUCAUUGUGGAGGAUGAUAUCAAGAUGUUCGCUCAGCUGAAAUUGAACAAGAGGUUCUACAACAUCCUCAGCAUCCUGAGGCACUGCAAGAGAGUGAGAGAGAUUCGUGGCUCCGGAUUCAUCCGCUACGUCAUCUGCUAACAGCUCCCUAGAAUUUUUCUCCCGUUUGUUGCCGAAGAGAUGAGAACAAUGGAUAUUGGAGACAAAAGAUGUGGAAGGAGAGGGGUGGGACUGUGAGGUGGGGAAGCAAAGGUAUGCAGUUUGGUACUGUCCCUUAGCCAGGGGCAUUUCUCUUAGUAAAGGCAAAGAGGAGCCUGGGCUGGGGGUCAGGGGCUGGGCUUGGGCUUCAGUGCUCUCAGGAUUGGAGGGGAGACAGGUGGGGUUUGUGGUUUUGGGUUGUGCUGCGGAGAGAAUUCACUGCUCCUGCACUGCACUGCACUGCUACUGUCCUGCACUGCUUCUCCUUGGCUUGAGUGCGCCUUUGCUUGUGGCAGCAGCCAUCAAACUGGCACCUUUCCAAGCCCCAGACUCACUGGGAGGGACCCUUCCCAUCUGCUGAGCUACCUCAGGACUUUCCUAAUCUUUCUUCUUGUGCUAACUGUACAUUUUGGAGUUUUCUACAUCACCUGAAUAGGAAGAUCUGAGGAGAUCCGAAUACUUCUAGACUGAUUGGUGAUUCUGUUAGUCUUGUUCUUUUCCACCUGCAUCAUGCAGACAGAUUUUUUCCUCAGAUACUUAGACUGGCCUGAAACAGUUGGGGUUUGAAAUGAAAAUAUUCACAUUAAUCUGGAAAAUUCAGGUCAGACUUGUCCUGUUUUUUUAUGGGAGUCUUUAUUACAGCUUUUGUUGCUUUCAAAUUAUUUAUUAGCGUAUUAAAGUUCAGAGUAGAUCUAUUGUGAUAAAUAUAAACUCUGCAAGUAACAAAAACUGUUUUGAUAAGAAAAGCUGUGUUCCUUUUCUUUCAUGAGCCUAUAUCUGCUGUUAUCCUAACAUCUCCUCUAAAGUGCCUCCUCUUGUCCUCUGUCAGCAUUAACAUGAAAUUUAAUGUGCAAAAUAUUCCAAAUGAUAUUUGAACUGUGUUAAUAAAGAGAUUGUGUUGAGUUUCUAGA